CGGGGCGGCGGCGGCUGGAGCUACGGAGAGCGAGGAGCCGCACGGCCAGGCGGAGGCUGAGGGCGCCGCUGGCUGGCCCGCCCAGCCCUCUCAGCGCCGCUCCGCCGGGGUUCCGAGAGGAGCUGGCAGGCUCGGUGGGGACCUCGGCACGGACAUGCACAGCGCUCGGCUUGACAGCUUCCUCAGCCAGCUCCGCUGGGAACUGCUGUGUGGCCGGGACACAGGCUCACCCCCAAUGCCUGGCUCCCUGCAGCCAACCCCCCAAACUGGCCCAGAUGUGCAGCCCAGCCACCAGCUUAGGGCCUCAGGUGCCUUGGAAGAGGACUCAGUCUGCUGUGUGGAGGAGGAAGAGGAGGAAGCAGUGGUGACAGAAGACAGGGGUGCAGCCUUGGGAGGCCCCAGGGAGCAUGCCCUGGACUGGGACUCUGGCUUCUCUGAGGUGUCGGGCAGCACAUGGCGAGAGGAAGAACUGCCUGUACCCCAGCGCUUAGCACCCUCAGCACAGCCCCUUCGUAGGCAGCGCCUCUCAGUCAGUGGCCUCCCCAUGGCUGGCAGAGCCCCAGUAGCCAGUGCACCACCUAGCCGCCGUCCACGGCCCAAGUCCACCCCAGACGCCUGCCUGGAGCACUGGCAGGGACUUGAAGCAGAGGACUGGACAGCAGCCCUACUGAACAGGGGUCGCAGUCGCCAGCCCCUGGUACUGGGGGACAAUUGCUUUGCUGACUUGGUGCACAACUGGAUGGAGCUGCCUGAGACAGGGAGUGAAGGGGGUGAUGGAGGUGGGCCCCGUGCUCGUGCUCGACCCCCUCAGUUCCUGCUUGGCCUUUCUGAGCAGCUUCGUCGCCGGCUGGCCAGGGCUCGGCAGACAGCUAUGGCAGGAAAGCGGCUGUCAUGCCCACCUCGCCCAGAAACUGAACUGCCUACAGACGUCUCACGUUUUGCAGCCCUCAUGAGCUGCCGAAGCCGACAGCCCAUCAUCUGCAAUGAUGUCAGCUACCUCUGACCCUGCCCUCCAGCCGGGGACAAUAAAAGCCUUUUUUCUAGAC